GGCCGCAGUCGCAGCGCGCGAGACUUUUGCGUAUAUGUGCGCAGCUGCGCAGCGUCUGCGUGUGUUGCCGCUUUUGUCAUUUCUCGAUUAGCGGUUGCCUGGAUUAGCGAUGGCGAGUAGCAGUGGAGAGCCCCAAGAUAGCGGGUCAUUACCAACCUGUGUCAUUGUGCUUGGGAUGGCAGGAUCUGGGAAAACGACAUGGGUACAGCGGUUAACAGCACAUCUACACACCGUAAAAAGACCACCGUAUGUCGUGAACCUGGACCCAGCCUGCAGUGAUCUUCCAUACCCUGCCAAUGUUGAUAUCAGGGACACUGUGAAGUACAAGGAAGUCAUGAAACAGUAUGGCUUAGGUCCUAAUGGUGGCAUUGUCACAUCACUCAACCUGUUCUCUACACGCUUUGACCAGGUGAUGCAGCUCAUACACAAAAGAAAAUCUGAACUUGAGUAUGUAAUUUUUGACACACCAGGCCAGAUUGAAGUCUUCACCUGGUCUGCAUCUGGAAGCAUCAUCACAGAGACCUUGGCAUCUGAAUUUCCCACUGUGAUUGUGUAUGUGAUGGACAUGGUUCGCAGCGUGAGCCCAGUCACCUUCAUGUCCAACAUGCUUUACGCAUGCAGCAUUCUCUACAAGACGAAGCUGCCAUUCGUCAUUGCCAUGAACAAGGUUGAUGUGGUGGACCACCAGUUUGCAGUGCAGUGGAUGCAGGACUUUGAGGCCUUUCAGGAUGCACUGCAGGGAGAGACGUCGCACAUCUCCAACCUCAGUCGCUCACUCAGCCUUGUUCUUGAUGAAUUCUAUGCCAAUAUCAACACUGUCGGUGUGUCUGCUGUGACGGGCAAAGGUGUGCUCGAGUUCCUCGAGGCCUUGCAGAAAGCUCGCCACGAAUAUGACACUGUGUAUCGGCCAGAGUAUGAGCAGCUCAAGAAAAAAAAGGAAGAAGUGUCAUUGGCUGAACAGCAGAAGCAGCUGCAACGGUUAAGGCUGGAUGUUGCUGAAGGAGACAGCGUUCCUCUCACAGGCGUUGUGCACGGAGCUGAAGACAGUGUGGAUGUGCAACCUGGCUUGAGUGAUGAGGAAGAUUCUGAAGAGGAACAGCCAAUGGACGAUGAAGAUGAUGAUGAAAAGAAAGAAUACGAGUCAUUCAAGAACUUUCUUGAAAAGGAGAAAACAAAGCGUGCAAAGAAGUACCAAGCACAAGCUGUUGGAAAUACGUAAUUGACCACAAGAUGCCGCAAUGUACAGUACAUAAAUAAUUUGAAGUUUUU